CAUUCCUCAAACACAUUGACUAAACGGCGGCGGGCAGAUGAGACACAAUUACCCCCGUCACCCUUCAUCCACACUAUCACCGCCAUCCUCCUCAUCUCCAUCACCACCACCACCAUCAUCUGAAGGACUUUAUCCCGCGCCCAGGACUUAUUUUAUACGGAAUUAUACACGAAAAAGGACUAAAACUGUGAAAAACGAACCGAUACUUACGGUGCCUUGGAAGAACUUCGCUAAACUCACUUUCAUCGGAUAUAAACAUACACGAUCCAUCUUUUCCACACAUUUAAUGGCCGUAUCACAUUUGGGCAUGUCAUGUUAGUUUCAUGGGUUUUGAGGGAAAUUUCCCACAGGACGAGCUAAAAUCAGCUAGCCUGUUAGCCGAACGUCUUUAUUAGCCGGAUCAUUAGCAUCAGUUAUUUUAACACAUUAAAGUUGAUCAAAGUGGAGGUAUUUUUAAGUCUAGACGGUUGACAUGACUUGACACUAGUAUUUACUUAUGUUAAUACGUGUUUUUACUGUUUAUAUAAGAGAUGAGCAGUCAACAGACAUUGUGUCGCGAGAUGAUGUCGUUCAGCUAGUUAGCUCGAGUGGCUACUGAAAAAGGCAGCAAAUAUACAAAUAUUUACAAAAGAUAAAGUAUUAUUUUCUUUAAAAAAACAUACACGAGCAUUGCGGGCAAGUGGUUUAAACUGUAAGUUUCUUUCUACAUUGGUUUGUUUAGCCUCUCUGCCACUGAGUUUAUCACUAAAAUAAAAAUGUAGUGAAAAGUUUGGGUAUGAACAUAACACAAGUUUUGAAAUGAAUGCAGAUUAUACCUGCGUUUUAGUGUCAUGAUGGGCCUAUAAUUGUUCAAAGAGCCACUUCAAAGAUUUGACGUAUUUGCUUUGGUCUCUACUAAGACACAAAGAGAACUGUAUUACACAUUUUGGGCUGUCACUCUGGUUUUGAACCAUGUCUGGAGAAGUGCGUUUGAAAAAGUUGGAGAAACUCAUCCUGGAUGGUCCUGUGCAGUCUAAUGGACAGUGUUUUAGUGUGGAAAGUCUUCUGGAUGUUCUCAUCUGUCUAUAUGACGAUUGCAUCAACUCCCCACUCAGAAGAGAGAAGAAUAUAGCCGAGUUUUUAGAAUGGGCCAAGCCGUUCACCUCUAAAGUGAAGCAGAUGCGACUGCAUAAGGAGGACUUUGAAAUCCUGAAGGUUAUUGGUCGAGGAGCUUUUGGCGAGGUAGCGGUUGUAAAGGUGAAAAGUUCGGACAAAGUGUUCGCCAUGAAGAUCCUCAACAAGUGGGAGAUGUUGAAACGAGCAGAGACGGCGUGUUUCCGGGAGGAACGGGACGUGCUGGUGUACGGGGACUCUCAGUGGAUUACCACGCUGCACUACGCCUUUCAGGAUGAGAACUUCCUGUACCUGGUUAUGGAUUACUAUGUGGGGGGUGACCUCUUGACCCUGCUCAGUAAAUUCGAGGACCGUUUACCUGAGGAAAUGUCGCGUUUCUACCUGGCGGAGAUGGUGCUGGCCAUUGAUUCUGUGCAUCAGCUCCAUUACGUCCACAGAGACAUCAAACCAGACAACAUUCUCUUGGAUGUGAACGGACACAUUCGACUGGCAGACUUUGGCUCCUGUCUUAAACUCACGGAGGAUGGAACGGUGCAGUCCUCCGUUGCCGUGGGAACGCCUGACUACAUCUCUCCAGAGAUCCUGCAAGCCAUGGAGGACGGGAAAGGGAAAUACGGGCCCGAGUGUGACUGGUGGUCUUUGGGCGUCUGUAUGUAUGAGAUGCUGUAUGGAGAAACUCCUUUCUAUGCCGAGUCGCUGGUGGAAACCUACGGCAAGAUUAUGAACCAUAAGGAGCGGUUCCAGUUCCCCGCCCAUGUGACAGAUGUCUCUGAGAACGCCAAAGACCUGAUCCGCAGGCUGAUCUGCAGCAGCGAACACAGGCUGGGUCAGAACGGCAUCCAGGAUUUCCAGCAGCAUCCCUUCUUCUCCGGCAUCGACUGGGAGAACAUCCGCAACUGUGACGCUCCAUACAUCCCAGAAGUCAGCAGUCCGUCGGACACGUCAAACUUUGACGUGGAUGAUGACUGCCUCAAAAACACGGAGGCAAUGCCGCCUCCUUCCCACACCGCCUUCUCUGGACGCCAUCUUCCUUUUGUUGGUUUUACCUACACUAGUAACUGUAUGUUGUCAGACCGCGGCUGCCUGCGGGGGUCCGAAUCUCCUGCGCAAAUGGACGUGUGUGUGCGGCGUGGUCUGGAAGACAGUCUGGCCACCGAGGCGUACGAACGACGAAUCCGUCGUCUGGAGCAGGAGAAACUGGAGCUCGGUCGCAAACUCCAAGAGUCCACUAAGGCGGUCCAGGCUUUACAUAACCCCAGCACGGACGGACCCGUUUCUGCCAGCGGAGAGUUUGAGAUCCGGGGACUGAAGGAGGAGAUCGAGACCCUGAGGAAACAAAUCGCAGACGCAGGACAGGUCCAACAGCAGUUAGAUCAGUCCGGUGCUGCCCGCAGGGAUCUUGAAGAAUCCUCCAAACAGAUUCACUCUCUAGAAAAACAGCUGAAGAACGUGAAGCAGGAGAGAGAUGAUGUGCAGAAGAGCCUGCAGGAGUCUUUGGAGAAGCAGAAAUGUCAGGGUAAAGAGCUGAAAGAGGCCGACAGCCAGAGGAAAGUGGCCGUGCAGGAGUUCAGCGAGGUGAGCGAGAGAGUGACAGAGCUGCGAUCGCACAAACAACGUCUCUCGCGACAGCUCCGGGACAAAGAGGAGGAGAUGGACGCUCUCAAUCAGAAAGUGGAGGCGCUACGACUGGACGUACGCAAAGCUGAGAGAUCCAAGAAAGAGAUGGAAGCUCAGGCUGAAGAAUGGUCCGCCGAGGCUCAGAAGGAGAAGAAGUUGAGAGAACGCAGCGAGCAGUACAGCAGACAGCUGGAAGAGGAGCUGGAGGGAACCAAGCAGAAGCAUGUGGGCCGUUCUCCAGGCGUCAGGACCUCAGAGCACAACAAGGAGCUCAGUAAACUACGAGCGGACCUGGACAAGAAGACCGUGUAUUAUGAGGAAGAGCUGUCACGCAGAGACCUCCAGCACGCCAACGAACUGAAGAACCUGCAGAAAGAACUGCGCGAGGCCGAGGGACGACAGCUCGCUUUGAAGAAAGAGAUCAUGAUGCUAAAGGAUAAGGUGGAGAAGACCCGCAGAGAGAGUCAGAGCGAGCGAGAGGAGUUUGAGAGCGACAACAAGCAGAAGUACGAGUGAGAGAGAGUCCUGCUGAUGGAGGAGAACAAGAAGCUCUCCAACGAGCUUGACAAGAUGACGUCCGCGUUUGAGAAGCUGAGCUGUAGUAACAAACAGCUGGACGAAGACAUGAGAGAACUGGCAGAUAAGAAAGAGAGCGUCACCCACUGGGAAGCCCAGAUCACCGAAAUCAUUCAAUGGGUCAGCGAUGAGAAAGAUGCUCGGGGAUAUCUGCAGGCUUUGGCCACUAAGAUGACCGAGGAGCUGGAGGGUCUGAGGAGCGCCAGCUUGGGAGCACGAGCUACUGAAAUGCCGUGGAAGAUGAGACGUUUGGCUAAGUUGGACAUGUCCGCUCGUCUUGAGCUUCAGUCUGCGCUGGACGCUGAGAUCAGAGCCAAACAAACCAUUCAGGAAGAGCUGAAUAAAGUGAAAGCGUCUCUCAUGGCCACUGAGUGUAAGCUGGAGGAAUCUGAGAAGAGUAACCAGGAGCUCAACGCAGACGUCCAGAGACUCAAACAGGAGAUGGAGAACCUGCAUGUGUCAACAGGCGUCAAGCACCAAGACUCCCAGAAUUCCUUUCUGGCAUUCCUCAAUGCUCCAACCUCUGCCCUGGAUCGGUUUGAUCAAACCUCUGCCAGUGGCUCGGCCGGUAAAGGCAGACACAUCGACUCCAUGGAUAACUUCAGCCUGUCCAACACGCCUUCGUGUAAAGAUGAUGGACAAUCCCAGGUCAUGUCCCACUCUCGAUCGCCCUCAACCACCAGUGACAUGGAGCCCCAGGAGCAGGUGGAUCGACCGCCGCGAAGAACACAAACUUCAUCGGCCUACAGCAGCUCAGAACGCAGCACUCCUAAACCAAAGGCGCAUCAGUUUAUUGUGAAGUCCUUCUCUACCACCACUAAAUGUAGCCAGUGCACGUCUCUGAUGGUGGGACUCAUCCGACAGGGCUGUACGUGUGAAGUCUGUAACUUCUCGUGUCAUGUGACCUGUGCGGAUAAAGCCCCUGCCGUGUGUCCUAUUCCACCGGAUCAGACCAGAGGACCGCUGGGUAUCGACCCACAGAAGGGCAUCGGCACGGCCUAUGAGGGCCACGUUAGGGUUCCUAAGCCUUUGGGUGUGAAGAAGGGCUGGCAGAGAGCCAUCGCUGUGGUCUGUGACUUCAAACUCUUCCUGUAUGAUCUCCCAGAGGGCAAAGCUGUUCGGCCUGGUGUGGUGGUGAACCAGGUCAUUGACAUGAGGGACGAGGAGUUCUCAGUUAGCUCAGUUUUAGCAUCUGAUGUCAUUCAUGCCAACAGGAAGGACAUUCCCUGCAUCUUUAGGGUGACCACGUCGUCCUCCAGCAGGCAGAAAUGCUCCAUCUUAAUCCUGGCAGACAGCGAUCAGGAGAGAACAAAGUGGGUGGGGCUUCUGAGCGAGCUGCAUCGCCUCUUAAAGAAGAGCAAACUGAAGGAACGCUUUGUUUACGUGCCUAAAGAAGCGUAUGACAGCGCCCUGCCUCUCAUCAAAACCACACAGUCUGCUGCUAUUAUAGAUCAUGAGAGGAUAGCGCUGGGCAAUGAGGAGGGCUUGUAUGUUAUUCAUGUUACCAAAGACGAGAUUAUCAAGGUAGGAGACAAUAAAAGGGUCCAUCAGAUCGAGCUGAUUCCCUCCGAGCAGCUCAUCGCCGUGAUAUCGGGCCGGAACGGUCACGUGCGACUCUACCCCAUGGUGGCCCUGGAUGACCGCGAGGUCGAAUUCCACAAGAUAGCCGAGACCAAAGGCUGCCAGACUGUGGUUUCCGGCACGAUCAGACACGGCUCUCUCACCUAUCUGUUUGUGGCCAUGAAAAAACUUGACAAGGUGAUCGUCUUCGAGCUCAAUAAGAGUAGAACACGUCACCGGAAGCUUCGGGACAUACUGGUCCCCGGCACGGUGCAGUGGAUGGGACUGCAGGGCGAGAAGCUCUGCGUGGGGUUCCAGUCUGGGUUCCUGCGAUAUGACCUGCAGGGAGACGGAGCUCCUGUCAGCCUCCUCCAUCCGGACGACCACACGCUGGGCUUCAUCGAGCUGCUGAGCCUGGACGCGCUCUGUGCCGUGGAGAUCUCCCACAAAGAGCUGCUCUUGUGUUUCAACAGCAUCGGCGUGUACGUGGACUGUCAGGGCAGACGCUCGCGUCAGCAGGAGCUGAUGUGGCCGGCCACGCCCACUGCUUGCCGUUAUAGCGCACCUCAUCUGUCAGUGUAUAGUGCGAAUGCGGUGGACGUAUUCGACGUCAACACUAUGGAGUGGAUUCAGACCAUGCCUUUGAAAAAAGUUCAUCCUAUGAAUGCUGACGGCUCUUUGAACCUGCUGGGGUUGGAAACCGUACGUCUCAUCUACUUCAAAAACAAGACGGCAGAAGGAGAUGAGCUGGUGGUUCCCGAGACGUCUGAUAACAGCCGCAAACAGCUGGUGAGAAGCAUGAACAGCAAACGCCGCUUUUCCUUCCGCAUACCCGAGGAGGAGAGACUCCUGCAGCGGAGGGAGAUGUUGCGAGACCCGGAAAUGAGGAAUAAGUUGAUAUCAAACCCGACCAACUUCAACCAUGUGGUUCACAUGGGCCCCGGGGACGGCAUCCAAAUCCUGAAAGAUCUGCCAAUGAACGUGCGUCCGCCGGAGAGCCGUGGCAUUCUGGGAGCAUCCGUCAGCAUCCCCUCCAUCAGUAAAACCAGACCCGAGCCGGGCCGAUCUAUGAGCACUAGCAGUGGACUCGGCACACGCUCCUCCUCUCAAAACGGCAACGCGCUGAGACGUGACAUUUCCAUCGGUAACUACGGUUCCACCAAGCGUCAGAUGACGUCACCCUCCGAUGGUUCGCUGUCGUCAGGAGGUGGAAUGGACUGCGGUGGAGACGCUCCCCUCUCCCAGUUUGAUAGAGAGUGCCGUCCCGUAUCACCCACAGAGAAGACACCUGAUCUGAAAAAGGCUUUAAGGAGCCUACUUAGUAAAAUAAAGGAUUCGGACUCGCCGCGUCACUCCACGGCCUCCAACAGCUCCAACCUGAGCAGCCCGCCCAGCCCGCCCACGCCAAACAAGAGCAAGACUCGAUCCCUGGACCGCAGAGAUCACCUCGGCUGGGAGACAUGAGAGGUACACCCCCCCCACUCCCCCGGACAGUUACGCAACGGCCAAGAGUCGACUCCUUAAACAACAUAUUCCCACACACCACAGUGUGCGUCUGUGUGUGGUGUUGUGCACGUGUGCUACGAUUCUGCGAGACGAGAUCACAGUGCACCUUACAAGCCUGUCACUGUUGACCUACUUUUCCUUCGUCUGUGAUGGAUCGGGAUUACAGACCACCCCGGAUCACCCCAGAUCUGCACGGGGUCAGAAAAGCUUUAACGUCCAUUUUCAUCCCUGUGUGCCUCCUUUUACCAAAAAACGCGUUUAAAGUUUUCAUUUACGGAGUUCGCUUCAAAACCGCGCAAAAGAAAUCCGACACAUUUUUAUCAGGGAUCAAGGGAAACCGUUCCUAGCAUUCCAGUCUGUGAUGACUAAUACUGAUUUAUGUAAGAAACCCAAUCGCUAGAGCGCCCCCCGGCUGUCACACUACAGCGCUAACACCACCUCUGCCCUCCAGUGCCAUACUGACCGUCCCACACAAAGGUCAGAUUAUUCUGAGUUCAGUCAUGUAAAUAGAGUUGAAGUAGAGUAUAAUAUAUAAUGAAAUCACAACACUAUUCUGUUGCUAAAGAAGCGUGAGAAUUCUUUCCUUUUAUUGUCUGUGUCAAGAUUUUGUUUUUAUUUGUCAAUAUAAGCGUUCUUUUAUUGUUCUGUGUGAUUCCACUGAGACCGAGGAGUUAAAAUAAUGUGCGCGGGGGAACACUAAACAAACAUUGGCUCUCACUCACGAAACACAAGAACGAAUCGUUCGCAGUCGAAUGCGAUUUCCGCAGGGCAGCGGCGAGUGAUUUACACAAAUCGUUCUGCUGGUGUUUCGUGAAUGAGACCCAUUGUGUGCGGGUUAUGAGAAAACAAUGUGUAUGUUGUUAAAUACAUAUUAAACAGACGCAUGUACAGUUACACGUGAACGUAAAUAAGCUGAAUGUAACAGAAUCACUGCAAGCCUUUGUUGUUUCUUCCUCUGUUACUGAAGCAAUAAUGCUGUUUCCAAAGAGUUUUUGUUAAAUAAUUACUUGUGUUUGUAUUUUAUUUUUGGUGUUUUAAAGGGGUUUGUUUGUUUGUUUGUUUGUUUGUUUGUUUUUUCCAAGAACCAAACUUUGCCUACAUGUGUAGAUAGCGUGUAAUGUAGUUUCAGGAUGCGUGGCAUAAAAACCCUCAUCAGGUGAAGCUCUAAAUUCAAUAAGCUCCGAUGUUUUACUCACUGGUGCACACGGCUCACAAACGGCAGGAGAGAAAGUCAUUCAACGAUUGACACUGAUGUAGAGAGAACGUACAGUGAUGGUGCUGUAUUCAUGUCUGAAAACUCCCCCGAAUGUCAAAAUACCUCAAAUCACAGAGCCAAGCCAUCACGAAUCUAACCUCCACUGAGUGACAAGAGCUGUGACUUUCACUGGUUUCAGACACAACAUUAAAUCAACCGUUAUGAAUUCAGCAGAAAACCGCUGCUUGAGAUUGAUCUGAAUCAUUUGAAAUAAAUUACAGUCGUUCUUUUGAGGGCAUCUGCAGAUCCAGACUUGUAAUCUCAACACCGUUUAAUAGUCCAAAAUGUUCCAGGUUGUUCCUUAAAGGGAUACUUUAAUUAAAAUGAAAAACAGAGUCUUCUUUACUUAACCGCGUGCCAUUCUGAACCCAAAAACACAGGUUUUUUUCUUCCUGGAAACACAAAAGUUGGCUCUUAUUCAUACUGUUAUUUUUAUUCAGUUUAAUGAUAUGAUGUAGUGUAAAAUGGACGUGACGUGACUUGUGCUGAAGUUUAUUAUAGUUAAAACGCUGAAAGUGUUCAAACAUUUCUGUGAAUUCCAAAAAAUUAACAUGAAAACUAAAAACACAGAAAAUCCAAUUAAAACAAUACAAAUCUGAGGUUUUCAAACGAGGAAUAUGCAGAAAUGUAAUUAUUCAACAUUUUCUAUCGCCUUUUGUUUUGGUGAUAAAAAAAUCACGUGUGUUUAGAAUCACGAGGUUAAGUAAAUAUUGAACAUUUGUUUUACUGUAACUAAUGCAUGCAGAAAUCUAAAUGAACUGUGUUCAGUAUUGAGGCACAUUCAUGUACAGAGAUGAUGUGUUUGAGACCUACAGACGGCUUUUCCAGAACUGGUUCUAGUAUUGCCAGCGUUUUCUGUGGUUUAUUAUGCAAACCCUAUUGAAAGCAUCACUGUGGACCACUCCUGCAAACAUGGCACAUCUUUGCCAUCCCUCUUGCAAUCCGUGUGGUAUUUGGGAACUUUAGUUAUACAUUUGUGGUAUUAUUCUGGGAUCAUAUUAAUGCGAUAAUUCAUAAUGCAAGCUAAGAUCAUGGAGGUUGUUUUUUAAUAAGGUUGUAGCGGGUUCGAGAGAAUUUGCCAGGGUUAUGGUAUUAACAUAUGAAAUGUUUCUCAGGUAUGUCAGAACCAAUGAUUUUUUUCUAUCGCUUGGAGGGAUUGUGUGUUUUUAUCAUUAGGACUGUUACGAGGACUAGAUGAAUUAAUAGAGGGGGAGGUGCCUUAGUUUUUUAGGUUUUAGGUGAACCUGUUCUGAUGAGAACGAUGACUUGGUGAUUUUAAGACACAUCACACUCGCCUGAUUUUUUUCGCCUUUGCAGUGAAUUGCUGUUUCAUAUCAUGCUGUUGUAUUUUUUUGUAAGACUCUGUACAGGUUUGCAUGGCACAGGUGUAAUCGUGAUUUCCAGACUGCUUUUAUGUGUUUAUUUUCUUGACCUGUGUGGUGUCAAUGAUUGGGAUGUGACAGAAUUACCCCAUAACUGCAAUGUAAACUGUUUUCAUUUUCCUUUGUUUGCACAGACGUAUUUAAGGUGACAUAUUUGUAUUGGUUUCGGACAUCACUUUUCACAUUAUCUGACUGAUAUUUUAAUAAAAUGGGAAACUGUU